UUUCUAGCCACAACCCAUUUCAUCCCAACACUCGCAGUUUUGCUGAGUAAUAUCAAACAGCGAACCAAGUCGGACCAAACCGUCAAUUGUUGGUUCAGUUUGGUUUUCAAUUUUAUGUAUGUAUUUAAACAGUUCGAUUUCAGUCAAACCAUGUCGAACCGCUUACACCCCUUAUUGAAACAAAUAAAAUUACAAAGCCAAAACAUCAAAAGCCACAAAAUAAGCUAACUUAAAUUAUUAUAAACAAAAUAUUCGACCAAAAUCCUAAACAGUCAUUGUUUAAUAUUAAGGUAUAUAAACCAAUGGCUUUGCAUAAAUCAAAUCUUGGAAAUUGCCUAAUAUUCCUUACAGAUUCAUGCCUUAUCUUACAAUUCAACAAAGCCAUAUCUAUAAUCAAUACUCUCGAGGCUGCAAUCCUCAUAUAUUUAUAUAUAUAUAUAUCAAUGAAAUCCAUCUCAAAAUUCUUUUCUUGAUUGCAUCACAGAAAAGAAAUAGAUACAUCAAAAUCUAUAAAUUUUAGUUGGAAAUAAUUAGUACAUAUUCCUUUGGUGGGUAUGACCAAAUAUGCUUUGUGGGUAUCAAUGAUUGUGCCUUCUUCACAUUUGGGAUUAAUUCCCUUCCAAUGCCUUAUAAUUUACCAUCUUCUCAAAGCAUACAAUUCCCCCACCUUUUGCUUCAUUUUCAAGCCAAACACAACCCCAAUAAUACUCUAAACCACUCUUUUUUUAAUCCUAUAAGCCAAUCUUCUCUCUCUCUCUACCCCCUCAUAGUUUGAAGGAAAGUCUAAAUUAGUUGGUUUGACUGAAAUAUGUAUGUCAAGGAGUCAAAGACAGUUACCUUGAAGCUUUUCCUUGAGUAUAUAUAUGAUCCUUAUUGUUUUACUUUAGCAGAGGCCACAAAUUGAAGAUGAAGUACAAUGAGAUCUCUCACUUCAGCCACCCACAACACAAGCUCAAGUUUGAGUACUCAGAGUUUCCAUUCAAGUGUGAUGGCUGCAAGGAGGUUGGUAUAGGCUCUCGUUACAAAUGCACGGUCUGUGACUUUGACCUCCACGUGCAUUGUGCCAUCCCUUCCUCCUCUAUCUCACACCCUUUCUACACCAAAUGCUCCUUCCAGUUCAUGUCUCGCCUGCCUGGCAACACUCCUCGAUUCUGCAAUGCCUGUGAGAAGGAUGUCACUGGUUUCAUUUACCACUGCAAAGCUUGUGGUUUUGAUCUUCACCCAUGCUGUGCCAAGCUCCCGAUGGCACUCAGCGACGGUGAAAUCAAGCUCUACCUUUACAAGAAAGUGAGUGCAUCGUGUCACAAGUGUGGGCGGAAGGGAAGAAGCUGGAGUUAUAGGUCUUCGUGUAAGAAGUACAAUCUACAUGUAGCUUGUGUGAAAGAAAUGCUUGAGGAGAGCUGGCAUGAAUUGCAUUUUGGAACAGGGAAAUCUAUCAAAUUGGAGACAAGAAUUCCUAGUCUUAAGAAUACUCUUCAGACUCAUCACAACAAGGGCAAGGGUAAGAUGAAGAGGUGUUGUGAGAUGGCUGGUAUGGCCGUCCAAACUGUUAUAUCUGCAGUGCUGGGAGAUCCAACGGUUCUGAUCGCCGGGGUCAUUGGGGUCCUAAUAUCAGCAGCAUAAUUGUCCGUGACGUCAAGUUAGGAUUAGGAUUAGUAUCAGGUUUGUUUGGUAUGAACUUGCUUGUAGGAUAUCAGACCAUCAUGAAUCUCAUGAUAUCAUUUAGUUGUAGCCAAAAUUCCAGAAACCUAACAUGUUAGUUAUUUCUCUAAUAUAGUAGAUCACUUAUCUGACCAAAAGAGAGAAGAAAUAUUAAUUUUCUUACAAGAACUGAAUUUCCAGUGAGUUCACAUAAUAUAAUCUAAAAAGGCAGUCUACCAAAAAAGGAAGAUGAAGGAGAAAAAAAAAAAAAAGAAAAAAAAAAGAAAGCCACAGCCUGCAUAUUCUCCAUCUUUAGUCCUGAAUCUCUCAUGUAUCAAAAAAGCUUCUCUCUAUAUAUAUAACACAACAUAUUUACAAUGACUGAACAGCAAAGAUGCUGAAACUAAACACAAA